AUGUCGACCAUCACCCGCGCAUUUACCAAGCGCAAUAAGCGGCCGGAAGUGUCGGCGCCAAUGCCAUAUCGAGGCGAAGGGCAUGUGCGAUUUAACUCGGGGUCUAUUAAACGCAGCAACAUCUCCGGCCCUGUCCAGUUGAUAUCCACCACCAACAUGCUAGCCUACGACGCACCGGACCUUCGCUCGACCAAUUCCUCAUCCGCCUCAUCAUUCCGGUCGCGGGACGAUUUCGAUAGCGGUUCUCCGCAUAGUUAUUCUUCCUCCAUCACCACCCCCGAUGCGUCGCCACACGACUCUUCUCCUGUGGAUGCGAAUCCCGCCUCGUACUUCCCCAAGCGGUCCGUCACUGUGACAAGCCACCCGCGCUCCUCGACUACCUCGUCCUCAUCCAACGAUGCCCCACUGGUCCCCAAGCGGGCGCUGUCGCAUACCAAGCGAUCGCACCAAGAGCUGGCCCGCAAACGCUCCCAGCACCGGAUGUCGCCACCACCGCUUAGCGCGCCGCGCAGCAAUCCCACGAUCCGCGCAUCGCAAGAUGUGUUCCUUCCCGAAACACAUCCGUUCAGCAAGGAGCUCGAGCAGGUCAACGAGGUGGCCGAGGAGUUUGGCGCCGCUCAUGUGAUGGACGAAGAGGAGAUGGUCUUGCAUCGCAAGGGAUUGAAGAAGUUCACUGUCGACGAUUACCUCACUGAGAUCGAGGAUCUCUACGGCAGUAUCUUUGACGAUAGGCUGGGACCCAUCAGUAUGGGCCCCUGGCUGUGA